CAACAGGAGAAUAAAUAUGUGAGGUGUCUAACUUUGUACUUUUAUCUAAACUGGAGGAAUGUAGCAUCAGGAAAUUAAACUAAACAGAUUACUUACUGCUUGUCAGAAGAUGGCUUCCAGUGUUCCAGCGAUAAAUGAAAAAAUGGUAAAGGAACUGAAUCCUGUUUUUCAAACCAGUGGCACAACUGGUGUUAUAAAUCAUUUAGAAAAGAAACUGAAAUGCUUUCAGAACACUGCAGUAGAUAUUGCUGUGACUGGUGAAUCAGGGACAGGGAAGUCUAGCUUGAUCAAUGCACUGCUUGCAGUUCUCGACACUGACCAAUCUGCAGCUCCAGUGGAUGUAAAGGAAACCACAUUGAGGCCUGUAGCUUACAAACAUAAGAAGUUCCCUAAUGUUGUCUUUUGGGAUCUUCCCGGAAUCGGAACACUUAACUUUCCUGCCUGUGACUACCUUGAAAGGCUGGGCAUUCUGAGAUUUGAUUUUUUUCUCAUAUGUGGAAUACGUUUUACUGAGAAUGAUGCAGCUUUGGCAAAGGUGAUCCUUAUUGCAGGUAAGAAGUUCUUUUUUGUUCGCAUGAAGGUUGACACAGACAUUGAGUACUAUAAAAGACUAGGGCGGCAGGAAGAAACAGCACUGGAGGUAAUUCAGAAGGACUGUGCAGACAAACUGGAGGCGGUUGGAAUGCAUUCUUCUGGUCUUUUUCUUGUGUCCAGCUGGUUUCCUCAUAAAUAUGAUUUUGCUAGAUUAUAUGAAACUCUGCAGAAUGAGCUGCCAAAGGUAAAAAGGCAGGCUUUCCUACUGACACUGUCCAACAUAGCUUGCUCCAUCAUUGAAAUAAAAGUCAGAUACUUAAAGAGGCGGGUUUGGAGAGCAGCCUUGCUGUCCUGUUUGGGGUCUGCUGUCCCUCUCCCUCUGGUCUCUGUGAUUUGUAAUGCAAAAAUAUUGGCAAGAGAAGUGGACUUCUAUUAUCAGCAGUUAGGCUUGGAUGACGAUUCUCUGAGUUAUCUUGCUAGCCGAUACCAAAAGCCUUUGUAUAGCCUUAAAGGUGAACUCCAUCAUCGGUAUAUGGUGACAGAAGAUGACCUUGUGGAAAGGAUGGCGAGUGUAGCAGGUGAAAAAAGAGUAGUUGCAUACACUGUACUCAGCUGCCUUCCAUUUUUGGGAUCAGUCCCUUCUGUUGCCUUAUCUUUUGAAAUUGUAUCCAGGAUGUUGCACCAACUAUUGGAUGAGCUUGAGGAGGACAGCAAACGGGUACUGAAGAGUGCUGUAAGCUGAAAUGAGAAAACAUAUGCUCAGUAGUCAUGACAGAAUAUGGGAAACCAAACUUUUUUCAGAUUCAGCUGUUUGUUUGGAUACCUUUCCUUGUCUGCUAAGCCAUCAACAAAAUGACCUACCCAGUAACAUCUGCAACAGCAUUCUUCCAAGACUGAUAAGGCUGAGUCAGUCCUGUGUAAAAAAGAAAACGGAAUGCAAGUGACCUUUUCAGUGGUGAUUGGCCUGUAAAAGAUUGUUAUCAGGAUAUGAGACACAAAAAUCAUACUUUAGUACACUCCAAGGCUCUUCUGUAGAGAUGACUAAUUGGAAAUUCACAUUUACUAAAAACAGCUUUCCUUUCCAAAUGCUUUGGGAGAGUAUGGAACUAUCCUAAGAAUGAGUUGUUCCUUCUUCCCCAGGAUUUUAGGAUUUCUGAUGGACCCCAAUUAUCUUUUAGCCUGGAAAACUACAGUGUCAUUUCAUCUGUCCUUGAUUUUGCAGAAUGUUCUGGUUUUCAUUCAUAUUUUUAUACUGUUGAUUUAUGCUUCUUCUUAUUAAGA